AUGAACAUGAUCGACGCACAUUCGCUUCCCGCCGGAGAGCAGACGGUGUCUGUCUAUGCAUUGUCUACUGGCCAUCUACAAUUGCCGGAUAGAUGGCUUUUUGAAGACGCGAGCGAAGACCUUUUGCACGAUCGACAAUAUUCGCCAGAUUUCAGCUUUCUAAUCAAACAUCCUCGGGGGAAAGUCGUAUUUGAUCUUGGUCUGCGCAAGGAUCUCGAGAACAACCCUCAGGCUAUCAAGGACGAGUACGCUCUAAUCUCCAUCGAAAUACCCAAUGAUGUGAAAGAAAUACUCGAUGCGGGUCCUGAGCAUUCUUCGUCAGUCACAGCAGUGGUAUUGAGUCACCUUCACUUUGACCAUACUGGGGAUUGUAUGAAGUUUCCAGAUGCGGAACUGAUUGUUGGGCCUGGCAGCAGUGCUGCGACAGCACCAGGUUGGCCUGAGGCAAAAGGCUCACCGUUCGAUGGUGCCGUGCUGAAACAUCCUCAUUUCCGCGAGCUGAGUUUCGAAAAGGACAAUUGGCAAAGAGUUGGCCCAUUCCAUCGAUGUAUCGAUUACUUCGGAGACCAAUCCUUCUACAUCAUUGACGCACCCGGCCAUAUGGACGGGCAUCUCGGCGGACUCGCACGAACAGGAGUGGAUGAAUGGGUUUUCAUGGGAGGCGACUGCUGCCACCAUCGAUCGUUGUUAACAGGGACUCGGCCCAUGAGUGUCACAGUUGGCCCAAGCAAAACACCCAGCUUUCACCGGUAUCCAGACGUGGCCAAGAGCACCAUCGAGAAGAUCAGGACUUUGGAAAGACAAGGAAUAGUAUUGAUUGCACUGGCGCAUGACGCUCGGCUUGAUGGGGUGAUGCCCGAAUAUCCACAGGCCAUCAAUGGCUGGAAGGGCAGUAGCUGGAAGAAAGCGCUGGACCAGGAGCUGACGAGAGAUUAUCCCAAGUACUAUCAGACGAACGGAAUGGCCGAAUGA